UCCGUGUUCAUUUCUAAAGAGAACACAGCUGAAGUGUGUGUGUUAGAGUGUAUCUAUCAUGUCCUCUCUGACACACCGACGCGCCGGCUCGUGUGUGAAGUAGCGCGCGAGCUUCUUAGUUUGUGGAGGAAAAAGAAAAGAGGAAGCAGUUCCGCCCAGCAGCGCCUGGAGGCCGAGACACGAAGAGAAAAGCAGCAGAGACACAGCCCGCUUCACACCGAGGACACGGCUCUGUCUCCGGCUGUCUGUGGCCUGCUACUUGUUGCUUCGGCGGGGGGACAGUGGAGUCCCGCUGGACGGUGGUUGCCAGGUCUGCUCGUGUUGAAAACGUCGUGUUAGAAAAUGAGCUUCAUGUGAAGAAGUUGGACUCGUCCAUGCUGGUGUCUGCUAACAGGAUCGGUAACAGGCGGCCCCUCUCGAGGACUGGACUUUGGAUUUUGGUUUUGCUGGUGAACGGCGGGACUCAGGCCCUUGAAGGUUUUUGAUCAGGACAAAUCCCAGUUCCAGACCAGUAUGAGUGGAGAAGAGGAAAGAUUCAAACUGGUGGUGGUGGGAGGAGGAGGGGUGGGGAAGAGCGCCCUGACCAUCCAGUUCAUCCAGUCCUACUUUGUGUCAGACUACGACCCCACCAUUGAAGACUCCUACACCAAGAUCUGCACUGUGGAUGGAAAGGAGACCCGGCUGGACAUCCUGGAUACAGCAGGUCAGGAGGAGUUUGGAGCGAUGAGGGAGCAGUACAUGCGCUCAGGAGAAGGCUUCUUAUUGGUGUUUGCGCUCAACGACCGGGGCAGCUACCACGAGGUCCAGAAAUUUCACACUCAGAUCCUGAGAGUGAAGGACCGAGACGACUUCCCCAUGGUGCUGAUUGGAAACAAGGCUGACCUGGAGCAGCAGAGAGUGAUCUCAUGGGAGGAUGCUCAGGCGUUCGCCAGAGAGAACAGGAUCCACUACAUGGAGGCCUCGGCCAAGAAUCGCUACAACGUGGAUGAAGUCUUCAUGGAGUUGGUACAGAUUAUCAGAAGGUUUCAGGAGAUGGAGAGUCCUCCUCCUCCAGCUCAUCACACGGGGAAACAGAAGAGUGGUGGCUGUCCCUGUGUCCUCCUCUAAGCACUGUUACUAUGAACGCCAAAGCCUCGUCUGCGCGUCAUGUGAGUGUGUGUGUAUCUGUGUGAGUGUGUGAGAGAGAAAGAGAAAUAUACGGUGCAUCAUUUUCUUUCCAAAUGGUUUCAUUUUGCACUUUUGUCUAAAGCAUUUUUAAAUCAGUGUAAUUUCAGAUGUUAGUGAGGAUCUAAAGGGAGAUGCAGCAGCAGGAGAGUUGGUCUGGUGGAGAAACAAAAGUCACAGCUGCGGCUGCUGUACUGCUGUUAUGGAGUAAUAAUGACCUUACUACAAGUAGUGUUCAGAGACACAAACGCCAUCAUGUGUUGUAGAAAUGACCAAACUGCUGUUGGCGCUGCAUCCUGCAGGUACAGAUGUCAGCAGUGACAUCAUCACCACAGUGCUGACUCUUAGGCCGGAGAUAUAGUUUUUUUUUUAACCACGUGUUUGCAUAGACAGUGCACUGCAUCCUGAUUCUAAUUUUUCACAUGUUGCUCAUGUACUGUUCCACUAAAGCAGAGAAAUCAGACCGUAUAGAACUUCCACAUUUGCACGAUGAAAACAAUAAACACAGCAACACUCGAGGAGGUCACCAUAGAUGAUAGCGGCGCCAUCAUAGAUGGUAUGUAUCAAGCAUGUGGGGAGUAUGUUCUGCCAACACUGCCCUGACAGUUCAUAUGCCUUUCAUACACAUCUUGCAUACACAUUGCGUUUACCUUUAACAGGGUUCAUACAGUCAUAAAAAACCUGGAAAGGUCAUGGAAAUUGCAAGUAGCAUUUUCCAGGUCUGAAAUAGUUUUGGAGAAGCUGUGGAAUUUUAUUUCACAAACCUGAAAAAUAACACAUGAUGUGUUAAAGGAUUGUCAGCAAUUUUAAAAAUCCAAUGAUAAUUACUGUUUUUACAGUUUCUGGCUGCAAUAAAUGGUGCAUUUUUUGAUGACUUCCAUGCCUGCUGACCUGCGGCUUUGGAAGACGUUUUCUGUAAAAAUCAACAGAAACGUUUUUUCCUUAAAAAUCUGCGACAGAAUUUUUUAGGGAAUAAAAGGCCAACAUUUUUUAAAGAAAACAUGUUGGUUGUAAAGCAUGUUGUCUUUAAUAAUCACCGUUUUUUUGUAAUUGCCAACAAAUUUUUAUAGAAAAAAAUACAAAUAUUUUCUUCAAAAAUUGCCAAAUAUUUUUAAAGGAAAAAAAAUAGCCAACAUUUUGUAAAAUUGACAGUAAAUAAAAACAAAAUAAAGCCAUUUGAAGUUGAAUGCCCCUUCCUCUAAAGCCAAAAUAAAAACAUAAGUCCCUCCACUGUGCUUAAAAAAUUAUUUGACAUGCAUUCCCCUUAUUUCACCAACUGCUCCCCUCACAUAGAUAAUAAACAGUCCCUUAGUUAGAUUUAGAUAUUCAGUUCUAAUCCUAUUCUGAAUUUGUUGUUUUUUGGUUUUGUUUUUUAAAUAAUAUAUAUUUUAAAAAGCUAUGAAAAGAACUGAGUAUUGAUGUUCAUUUUAGAGAUUGUAUUGUCUUGAAAAUUUUCCUUAAAGUCAUUGAAAUUUGUUGGUAAAAAUGCAUAUGAACCCUGUCUUAAAGACGUGCAAAACCAUCGUGCCAAACAGACGCAUAUAUGGGAGGCAACGAUCGUGCACAUAUGAAUGCAUAGUGAAAAGGAAGUAUAUCUCCAGUCUAAAACGGUGUCGGGAAAAUGCAACAGUUAGUCCCAAUCCUGUCUUGUACAGAAAUGGUCAUGUCAAACAUGUGCUUGUAACAUUCCACCUUGCUCAUGACAUGUGACAUUCCCACAAACGAGCCAUAAGAUCCAUGUGCUGUCAUGUUCCAUGCCGUCCUCUGAGGGGCAGCAGAGCCCCACAGCAGGAUGCUGAAAGCACAGGGGGGAAGUGUAGCCUUAAGUUGCCUUGUUCCAUCACCCUACUUGGGUUGCCAAAACGAGACAGAAUAUUGAUAUGAUCCAGAUGCAGACUGUUUCAGCUCCUGGUCGCUAGCUGGAUAAAGAAGAGUCUCAUUCCAGGUUUUGUGAACUUCAGCCUGACAGCGCAUUGGUCAUGACAGCAGAACUUGUUUGUGUGUUUGCACAUUUUAACAUUUAAAUGGUGGGCAUGAUGUUGUGUCAGCACAAAUACUCUCUUGAUGUUCAUUGUUUUGGUGAUAGGUGGACUGCAUUGUGGUACUCAUGUUUUUUUCUCUCCUUUCAUUUUUUUUUUACAUCUAUAUUAUCAGUGUAAGAAAUGAGGCGCACUGAAUGUUUAAUGUUUAUUUCACAGAAAUCAGGUGAUCACAUGGUGAAAGUUAAUUCUUCACCGAAGUGUAACAGUUAAUCCAAAUAUAAGGUUCACUUUUUAUAGAGCUUUCAACUACAUUACAUGGUCUUCAUCCAAUAAUGGAGAAAGUCAGUCAUGGAGAUGGUUCAAUUGUCAUCACGUGGCCUUAGUUUGAAAUUUUAAUCAUGUAAUGGCUGCAAAAAAUGAUCUGAAGUUGUUGAAUGGUUUGUGGUAAGAGCUGACUCUUUGCUCUGACAGUCCAUCAAUGUUAGGAAGUCCUGCUCAUGGGCGUAGUCCUUCUGGAUGCUUCUGGGUUUCCCUUCUCAUCAUUAUAUAUCCACCUGUUAUCAUGCGACUGUUUCUAACUGAGAUCACACAGUGACAAAUAAGCCACCACUAAGACAACAGAGCAAGCUGUAUUCACCAAUUCAGGCAUUGUUAAGAGGUGUAAAUUCUGAAAAAUCUAGUAAGUGGACCUUGACUUAGGCCAGAGAUAUACUUGCUUGUAACCACCUGCUUGCAUAGACAUCUAGCUGUGUCACGAACAUAACUAUACAAAGGUGUGUACUAAGUAUGUUGUUGAAGGAUUCCACUGAAAUAAACACCAGAGGACAUAGACUGUACAUGGGAGGAGUUUGCCGUCAGGGGUUUCUGGCAGAAAUCUAUCAUUUUAAGUCAGACAUUAUUCUUGUCCAAUCAUUCAUCCAUUUUCAUCCGGUUAGCGGAGGCCAAUGGCAAAGCAGCAAGCUGAGCAAAGCACUCCAGUUGUCCCUCUCCCCAGAAAUGCUCUCCAGCUCCUCCAGGGGGACCCUGAAGCAUUUCCAGGUCAGAUGAGAUAAAAAAAAAUCCCUCCAGCACGUUCUGGGUCUGCCCCUCAGAGCACAUGAGGUCCAACGAGGUGCCCAGGAGGAUCCUGAUCAGAUGCCCGAACCCCCUCAACUGGCCCCUUUCACAGGAUGGAGCAGCAGCUCGAGCUCCCUCAGAAUAUCUGAGCUCCUCUCUACAUCUCUAAGGCUGAGUCCAGACAUCCACAUCUCAUUCUCCCAGUCACUCCCCAAAGCUCAUGGCCAUAGGUGAGGGUUAUGACUUCCCUCUUCACCAUGACCAUCUGCAUCACUGCUGAUGCCACACCAAAGACCCAAAGUACUUCCUUUGCUUCGUGCACUUACUCUUCUAACUCAGAGGGGGCAAUCCACCGUUUUCCAGCAGAGAGCUAUGGCCUCAGACUUGGAGGUGCUGAUUGGCCACUUCACACUCGGCUACAAACUGCCCCAGUGCAUGCUGAAUGUCACAGUGUGAUGAAGUAACAGAACCACAUCAUCUGUAAAGAGUAGAGAUGAAAGUCUGAGGUCCCCAAACUGGACACUUUCUUCCCACUGGCUUUGCCUUGUGAUCUUGUACCUAAAGCUAACCAAGGAAAGGCUUUUUGGCCGAAACUCCUGAAGGCAAACUUCUCCUGACAGCACUCUAGAGCUUCAGGAUUUGCAUGAUGUGAACAAUAAACAUUGCGACACUGGAGGAGGUCACUAUAUUGUUCAUUCUGAGAUGACAGCAGAAAAUGCGACAGUGGUGUCAUUGUAGAUGAUAGGUUGAAGCAGGGCCUCUAAAUCAAGUACGUUGUGACAAUGGCGAGUACAUAUGUAACACUGCCUCUACCUUAUAUGUGCCUUUUGCAUCUUGCAUACUCGCAGCAUUCAUUUUGGAGGAUGUUCACUACCAGCUCACAAGGCAGCCAUCGUGCCAAAGGGAACGUGCAGUUAGGAGCAAGUACUCAGCCUAAAGUAUAUUUUGUCCUGUAGUGGAAAGGAAACUCUGUGACAUAUUAUAGCAGAGAGUUCAUAAUCUCCUUUACAGUCUCAUAGGAGCCUAAAAGUGACUGAGGUCCUUCUGCAUAGAGUUUAUUAUAAAUCCUCUGAGGGUGUCCAGAGUAAGAGGUUUACAGGGUGUGUUUGUUCUGCCACUAUUUAGUCAUAAUUUGGACUCUGGACUGCAUUCUAAUGCUAAAGAUGUGUCGUCACUGUGAGAUCCUCAUCCAAAGGCUUCAAUUUCACUUGAAAAGUGAAAAAAAGAAGAAAAAAACAACUUUCACCAUGUAGCCAAAUUUCCACUUUCUAUUCUGUCAUUUGUAAUGCUUUGGUUUUUACUCCUUUUUACUUUAAUAAGAAAUCCUAUGUAUAUCUACCUUACAACCUGCAAUUCACGUCAUCAGUUUUAUAUUGAAAUUUAAGUCUCUUUUAUACACCAUUAAAACAUUUAUUCAAACAUGC